ACUUGUGGUAAUGCUUCUGCUAUUAUAUAUUUUGAACUUUAUUGGAAUUAGUUAUUCCUUUAAUGGAGAAAGAAGCAAUGAAAACAGAUCUUUUCCUAGAGCAACAAAUGGAGAGCAAUUUCCCUGGGAUAAAUUAAGGCUCCCUGAUUGGAUUAUUCCGGUUCAUUAUGACCUCCUGAUUCACCCAAAUUUGAGUACAUCAGUAUUCACAGGCUUUCUGAAGACUGAAGUCACUGUAAGACUUGAAACCAAUUUCAUAGUGUUGCACAGCAAACAUCUGGAAAUCACCAGAGCACUUAUUGAGGAGAGAAAUCCAAAGAUACAAGGAGAUUUAAAACAGCUGAAGAUUUUGGAAUAUCCAACUCAUGAGCAAGUGGCUUUUUUGUCUGCUGACCCAUUACUGGUGGAUAAGAAGUAUUUCCUUUCCAUUAAUUACAUAGCAAAUCUUUCAGAUGGUUUCUAUGGAUUGUAUAAAAGUACUUAUAAAACUAAGGAUGGUCAAACAAGGCUGUUGGUUUCUACUCAUUUUGAACCUACUUCUGCCCGUAUGGCAUUCCCCUGUUUUGAUGAACCAUACUUUAAAGCAAAUUAUACAAUAAAGAUUCGGAGGGAAGAGCAACAUGUUGCACUGUCUAAUAUGCCAAAGGUAAAGACUAGAAAAUUAGGCAACAAUCUGGUUGAAGAUCAUUUUGCAGAGACGGUAAAGAUGAGCACCUACUUGGUAGCAUUUAUUGUUAGUGAUUUUCAGUCAAUCAGUGGAACAACUUCAUCUGGAAUUAAGGUAUCUGUAUACGUUAAUCCAGAGAAACUGAAUCAAGCUCACUAUGCAUUGGAAGCUGCCAUAAAGAUCUUGGAAUUCUAUGAACAGUAUUUUGGUAUUUAUUAUCCUCUUCCAAAGCAAGAUCUUGUUGCUGUCCCUGAUUUCCAGUCAGGAGCUAUGGAGAACUGGGGUCUGACCACCUACAGAGAGACUUCUCUACUGUAUGAUCCUGAGACAUCUUCAGCUUCUGACAAACUUUGGAUUACCAUGGUGAUAGGUCAUGAACUAGCUCAUCAGUGGUUUGGUAACCUGGUUACCAUGGAAUGGUGGAAUGACAUCUGGUUGAAUGAAGGGUUUGCUAGAUACAUGGAAUUUAUCUCUGUUGAUGCCACAUACCCAGAGUUACAAGUGAAUGACUACUUGCUAGAUACCUGCUUUACAGCAAUGGGAAGAGACUCUAUGAACUCAUCUCGCCCCAUAUCUUCAAAAGCAGAAAAUCCAACACAGAUAAAAGAAAUGUUUGAUACUGUUUCUUAUGACAAGGGAGCUUGUAUUCUACAUAUGCUGAGAAACUUUCUGACUGAUGAAGUGUUUCAGAAUGGAAUAAUUCAUUACCUAAAGAAACACAGCUAUAGGAAUGCAAAGAACAAUGAUCUUUGGAAUAGCUUUGCAAAUACUUGCUCAGAGGAGGAUUUUGCUUCUGCUAAAUACUGUUACACAAAAAGUCAGGCUUCUAAGAACAUACAUAACUGUUAUGUCAGAGAACACUUUGAUGUCACUGAGAUAAUGAACACUUGGACACUCCAGAAAGGACUUCCAUUGAUUACUGUUGAACAAAAUGAGAAAAGAAUCAAAAUAAAACAAGAACGCUUCCUGAAAGGCAUUUUACCAGAUGAUCCUUUGUGGACCUCAAUGCAAACUGGUUUCCUCUGGCAAGUUCCCUUGACUUACAUCACAAGCCACUCUAAGAGUAUUGGAAGGCAUUUAAUGAAGAAUCAAUCAGACACCAUAGAACUGGAGGAAGAUGUGAACUGGGUAAAACUCAAUGUGGACAUGAAUGGCUAUUACAUUGUACACUAUGAAGGGAAUGGAUGGAAUAACAUUAUUAAACUGCUGAAUCAGAACUACACCAUCUUCAGUUACAAGGACAGAGCAAACCUGAUUCAUAAUGCAUUCCAACUGGUCAGUGCAGGCAGGCUAUCUCUGGACAGAGCCCUUGAUCUGACUCGGUAUCUCCAGCAUGAAACCAGUAACAUAGUACUACUGAAAGGCUUGGGCUACCUGGAAGGGAUCUACCACAUGGUGGAAAGAAGAAAUAUUUCUGAUGUCACAAAAAGUCUUAAGCAGUACCUCCUGCAGUAUUUUAAGCCAGUGAUUGAUAGACAGACCUGGAGUGAUGAGGGCUCAGUUUCUGACAGAAUGCUUCGUUCAAAUCUCCUUCAACUGGCAUACGACUUGCAAUAUCCUCCCUGCCUCCAGAAGGCAAAUGAGCUUUUCGGGAAGUGGAUGGGAUUUGGUGGAAAAUUAAAUAAUAUUCCUUCUGAUGUCAUGAAGACAGUAUAUUCUGCUGGAUCUGAAACACCUACAGGCUGGAAUUUUCUUUUGGAAAGAUAUAAAGUGUCCGUGUCUGGUGCUGAACAGACAAAAAUCAAUUCGGCAUUGGCGAGUUGCAAAGAUGAUGCAAACCUAGCAAGGCUACUGGAACUUGGAAUGGAGGGAAAUGUAAUCAAGACUCAAGAUCUGCCAUCAGUUAUCUAUAGAGUCAGUAUGAAUCCAGCUGGACAACUCCUUGCAUGGAACUUUGUCAAGAAAAAUUGGAGCAAGCUUCUAGAAAAAUUUUCCCUGGGAUCUUUUUCAAUGAGAACCAUUAUACUUGGAGCAACAUCACGCUUUUCUUCAAAACAAGAAUUGGAAGAGGUGAAGUUGUUUUUUGCAUCAAAACAGGAAAUAUCACAGCUGAGAGCACCUCAGAUUGCACUGGAGAACAUUGAGAAAAAUAUAAAAUGGCUGGAGAGAAACUUAGAUAUUUUAACGAAAUGGAUAUUAGAAAAUCUUCAGUAAAGCUGCACGGAGGCAGAUAAAAGAUUGUGUUAUCACUAAGAGCAGUAAAAAAUGUAAAUGUCUAUAAUUUUUAUUGAUCAGCAAGAUUGUUUAAUUAUGUCUUUCAUCUAAUGAACACUUUCCAGACACAGUGGCAUUUUUAUGUCAUUUGGGACACCCCAUUUAUGUUGGUUUUGUGUAUAUAUGUGAUUCUGUUUGGCUGUUUAGGCAAUUAAGAUGGUUGAAGAAAUUUAGCUGCAGACUUGAAAUGCUUUGUGAGUGUCUGCGGAGGCUUUUGUUUAAUUAAAUUUGUUAAAUUAACUUUGAAAUUAAGAGUGGAUGGUGUGUGUAACUUCGAUGUUACAGGGGUGUAGGUUGUAGCUGUGUUGGUUUAAGGACAUAGGCAGACAAGGUUC